UGAUAUGACUACUAUCAAAUGACGAUUGCUAUUCAUCUGACCCCCGCGAAAAUACUCUACAGCGUCCGAUCGCAGGUAUAUCUUGGGUGGGAGGGCUCAUUGAUUUCAAGGCCAACAGUUAAACUUGCGUCCUCCAGCGAAAGAAGCUCUAGCCAUAUCGAUGGCAUCCCAAUCAAUCGUCCUCAUCUCUGGUGCAAAUCGGGGUCUCGGCUACGAAACAGCCAAAAACCUGCUUCUGUCUGGCAACUACCACAUUAUCAUCGGUAGUCGAGACCGCUCGAAGGGCGAAGCAGCCGCCGGUUCUCUCCGCGCUCUGUCCGGCAUCCAUGGCACCGUAUCAACAAUCCAGCUAGACGUGACGGACGAUCAGUCUGUCGAUAAUGCAAGGGUACAUAUUGAAUCGGACUUCGGUCGUCUGGACGUGCUCGUGAAUAACGCAGGCAUUUACCUCCUCAACCGGGAAGCUGUCCGCGAUACCCUGCGGCUGACUCUUGAGACCAAUGUCACCGGUGCAGCGAGUCUGACGGAAGCGCUUCUUCCUCUGCUUUUAAAGUCUGCGCGCCCCCGGUUGGUCUUUGUGAGCUCUUCCAAUGGGUCAAUGACAUAUAAUCUCGAUCUGAACUCACCGCAUGGCGGCACUCAUGCCACGGAGCAUCGCGUGGCCAAAGCUGCACUCAAUAUGCUAUUGGUGCAGUACCAUAUGAAGCUGAAAAGCGUUCGAGUCCUAGGUGCGGAUCCGGGAUUCUGCGCAACUGAUGUCAUUGGAGAUGCGGACGCGUUGCGCAGAAUGGGCGCGACGGAGCCGGAGGUUGGGGCGCAGAUUAUCUCCUCAGUCGUGAAGGGAGAGAAGGAUGAUCAGCCAGGCAGAGUUCAUGGCCCUCACGGUGUAGUACCUUGGUAGUGGAGGAUUGAAACUAUAACAGUAGACUGGGAUGAUUCAAAUGUUACCGCUGCAGCAUUUCCCUCGACGAUUGAAGAUAUAUAGUCAAUAAGUACAGACAGAUAAUACAUGCGAUCUAUC